CCCUGAGAUCUCACAGACCAUUCCCUUCUUGACCCGUCGCGCUGCUUGUCGUUGCGUUGAGCUACGCCGUACUCUAUAGCACCAACUCAUCGCCACGUUUCAGGCGCACCAGGCGAAGCUCGAAACGCCUCUCAGAGUCGGCUCCCUGGACAGCAUUCAGAGAGUACCGACCACUCUACGGCUGGCGAGAACAUCGGAUCUCAACAAGCACUGGGCAUUGCUCCAGGCUCUCAGCUUCGUGCCUCCAAGAGAGACUGACGAGCACUCUCGCUCCUUUCCUUGGUCAUUAUGGCGGCUCCGAAGCAGGCUUCAAGCCUGCUGUCAGUCGCAUUCAACCAGACGCAGGACUGUCUUAGCGUUGGCACUAGGAAUGGCUAUUCGAUCUAUGGUGUGGAGCCGUAUGGCCGACUUUUGAGCGAAAAGGGGGAUGGCCGGGCGAUUGUGGAAAUGCUGUUUCAAACAAGUCUGGUAGCGCUGGUGGGAACGGCCGAUUCGUCACCUCAAAGCUCGCCCAGGAGGCUGGAAAUCGUCAACACAAAGCGGCAAACAACGAUCUGCAGCUUGCUGUUUCCCACUGCUGUGCUCGCUGUCAAGCUCAACAGGCAGCGCGUAGUAGUGGUCACAGAAACAGAGAUAUUCAUCUAUUCGAUCUCAACCAUGAGACUGCUGCACACCAUCGAAACAAGCCCCAAUCCUCAGGCUGUAUGCGCUCUGACGCCCUGCUCCGAACCUUGCUACCUCGCGUACCCUUCCCCCGUGCCUUCUCCCACAUCUCCUUUCGCCAACAACACGACGAGCACCACCUCGAUGCCGGGCGACGUACUCAUAUUCGAUCUGACCAGCUUGACUGUGGUCAACAUCAUUCAAGCACACAAGACACCCAUCUCGUGCCUCGCCUUCAACUCGACAGGAACCAUGCUUGCAACUGCGAGUGACAAGGGCACUGUUGUGCGCGUCUUCUCAGUCCCUGGAGCACAGAAAUUGUACCAAUUUAGGCGCGGUAGUCGACCAGCCAGAAUAUAUAACAUCAGCUUCAAUGCAGUCAGCACGCUUCUCUGCGUCUCUAGCGACACCGAAACAGUCCACAUCUUUAAGCUUGCUGGCCAAUCAUCAAGCAAUGGCAACACUGCGAGGCCUGCGAUUGGACCAGACAGCGGCUCCAGUCCCACGCCCAGUUUUGAAGGCAGCGAAGCUUCGAGCGCUGGACCAGGAGGCUACGAGGCAUUCAUUAGCGACAAGAAGAAGGGUGGAGGUCUCAGCGGUACGUUGCGAAGACGGUCAAUGGCCAUGGCCAGGGCGGCCGGUGGCGUGAGCAGCUACCUGCCUGGAGGUCUGUCAGAGAUGUGGGAACCAAGCAGGGACUUUGCGUACUUGAAAUUGCCCACUGCAGGAGUAUCUUCGGUCGUCGCGCUCAGCAGCACGACUCCACAGGUACUUGUGGCGACAAGCGAGGGUUUCUUCUACUCGUACAACAUUGACCUCGAGAACGGAGGAGAGUGCUCUUUAACACGACAAUACUCUUUACUGGAGAGCGAGGAAACAUCCAAUGGCGCGGCUUCUUCCAUGGCGGAAUGAUUCGCUCACUUGCAACCUCUGAGUGGUUGUCGCGCACCCGAGCAUCGUUAUAGCCCGUCAUCUUGCCAUUCUGAUCUGUGCGAAUUUCGUCUGUGCUUCGCUCAGUCGUUCACAGCCUUUCUCAAUUCAUACCUGUCACGAUACUUGCACGAGCAACAAGAGCUUGUCAGUCGAUUUUCUUGUUUCGUGUCCAUCAUUCACGGUGAUGCAUUUGAGUAAGAGUUGAAGCAAAUU